AAAUACCAUUCUGCCAAAUAACUUUGGCAAUAACGUUGUUUUCGCACUCAUAACAUUUCCUACAUCUGAAAACAAGCACUCACUUGGUGUGCUUGUUAUGCUUGUUGUACUUGUUGUGCUUAUUGCAGGAAUUGCAAGAAAUUUUCGGCCAUUUCACUUAAAAUCGGAACUAGCCGUUUUUUUUUUAAAGACCAGCACACCAUGGAAUCUCUCUCGAAAUCAAGCUCAGGAAGA